CCCCCACCGCCCGACCCAAAACCAUCUCCCAACCCAGACUAAACUCACUUAAGCCUGCCUUACGCUUCACCUCCUUCUCUUCUCCAUCUUCUCUCCUUUUCCUCACUCACUUUUGUUUCUUUCCUUUAGCAAAGAAUUCAUAUUAUCCUCCACCUUCCCGUCCAUCUCAAUCUUUCCCUUUCGUCGACUUUUCCGAAUCCUACAUCAUGGCUGAUUCGUUGACUGAAGAGCAAGUCUCCGAGUACAAGGAGGCGUUCUCCCUCUUCGACAAGGAUGGCGAUGGCCAGAUCACCACCAAGGAGCUGGGCACCGUUAUGCGCUCGCUGGGCCAGAACCCCUCCGAGUCGGAGUUGCAAGAUAUGAUCAACGAGGUCGACGCUGACAACAACGGCACCAUCGAUUUCCCUGAAUUCCUUACCAUGAUGGCACGGAAGAUGAAGGACACCGACUCCGAGGAGGAGAUCCGGGAAGCUUUCAAGGUCUUCGAUCGCGACAACAACGGUUUUAUUUCCGCCGCGGAGUUGCGCCACGUUAUGACCUCCAUUGGCGAGAAGCUCACCGAUGACGAAGUUGACGAGAUGAUUCGCGAGGCCGACCAGGACGGUGACGGCCGUAUUGACUACAACGAAUUCGUUCAGCUCAUGAUGCAAAAAUAAACAUAUCUCCCUUCCCCCUUUUGGUUAUUAUGUUCGGGCGUUAGCGAAAAGAGACAGAAGGCCGCUGGCAGUUUCGUUCAUCACUUCCUAUCUUAUGUCUCCUAUACAUACCAUUUACCUG